AUGACUGGACGCGGAAAGGGCGGAAAGGGUCUCGGAAAGGGCGGAGCCAAGCGUCACCGCAAGAUUCUUCGUGACAACAUCCAGGGUAUCACCAAGCCAGCUAUCCGUCGUCUCGCGCGUCGUGGUGGUGUCAAGCGUAUUUCAGCCAUGAUCUACGAAGAGACCCGUGGUGUUCUAAAGACCUUCCUCGAGGGUGUCAUCCGUGAUGCCGUCACCUAUACUGAGCACGCCAAGCGCAAGACAGUCACCUCCCUCGAUGUUGUCUACGCCCUCAAGCGCCAAGGCCGUACCCUCUACGGUUUCGGUGGUUAA